AUGCGGCCAUGUUCCCGUAAGAUAUGGGCUGGGACCACUUGCUUGGCUUAAAGAAUCCACUUUGAAAGUUUCAGACCGAUCGUCAAACGUUAGUAUCGUGGAAGGAAAGACGAAGACGGAUGUUAUUUGGGGUGACUUCUGCAAUAUAUUCAAAUUUUCUGUGAAAGAUAACGAGUUGUGAGUGGACCUAACUGCAAUCCAACAAUACAGCACGUUUUUCAGCCUUCCUGUGGUCGCAUGCUCGUUUGCCAGUCGAAAUCCACACGCCAGAAUCAUGCAGCUCCUCCCACUGUCUCCCCUUCGGCGAGAAAAAAAUGUUCGCGUGCUUUUUUGCGUGCGGCUCUCAGUGUCGAUUUACGGGAGACGGGUUUUCAACUGAAAACUAUGUUUUCCCGAGUUUUUCGGAUUAUGCACAGUUUUCCUUCAAAACUUUUGCCUCACGUUUGUUCAUAUGACCGAUAGCUACAAAAUGAUCACAGAGUGCUCGUGUAAAAGUGAAAAUUCGAAGAGUAAUUUUGUUUUUUAAAUUUGGCUUGAAAAAACAAACUUUCGGAAGUUUUGAGAAAACAGGUGACAGAAUCAAAAAACUGAUGCCUCACGAUUGUUCAGCAGACAAAGCGGUCAUUUUGAGCACAGAGACGGCCCAUAAAAUGCAAAAAUGACUGAGAAAUUUCAGUUUUUGAGGCGCCGCACACUGAAAUUCACAGAAAAGUUUUUUUGUGGGCAAAACGCUAAUUUAAGGUCACAGGCUGUCAUUAACAAUUCGGAAAUUCUCUGUUUUACUUCAUUUUUCUCAUUUUCGGAUGAAAUUUCGGGUUUUCGGAAAAGAAUCCAGAAAUUUCUUACCUGCUUUUGUUUUCAACGACACGCCGCAUUAACGAGGCGCUUAAUUUAGCAUUAGCUGUUGGGGAGACUGUGCCACUCGAGAAAGUUAAAUGUCAAGUGAGAUUUCCUCUCCAUAUUCUCACCGAAAACCGUAAAAUUUUCAGCAAAGACGUGAAUUUCGAGGAGCUAGCCCGUUGCACGUCACUGUUUUCUCUGGUUUUCUUCGAGGUUCUUUUGAACGUUUGUAGAAAUUAAUCUUUUUUGUCAAUUUGAGUGAAAAACCUUGCUGCAAUGUAUUUAUAAUCGGAAUAGACCAAACUUUCAUCAUCAGCAAGUCUUUCGGUAUUUUCUAGGCUUUCGAACGGAAUUUUUGAGUGAAUUGUGGAAAAUUUCGGUGCAUUUACGAAUUUUCCACAAUUUCCUCAUAAAAUUUUGCCCAGAAACGGAAAAUGUCGCAAACGCCGCCACCAAACGGAGGAAACAAGGCUCCGGAGGCGAUGGACGUCGACGAAAUCGACGAGGAGAUUCUGAGAAUGUCGACGGACGAUCUGAAAAGCCGCACACAUUUGCUUGACAACGAGAUUCGUAUCAUGAGAAGCGAGGUGCAAAGAAUUAACCACUCGGCGACCACUCUCAAAGAGCGCAUCAAGGAGAACACUGAGCGCAUCAAGGUUGGUCAAAAACUCAUCCCAACUGCAAAGUUGAUACUUUUUCAGGUGAACAAAACGCUGCCGUACCUGGUGUCGAACGUCGUCGAACUACUCGAUCUGGAGGACAAUCUCGAGGAGGAGGGCGCCAAUAUCGACCUCGACGCGCAGAAAACCAAGUGCGCCGUGAUCAAAACCUCCACACGCGCUACCUACUUUCUGCCCGUCGUCGGACUCGUCGAUCCGGACGAGCUGAAGCCCGGCGACCUGGUUGGAGUGAACAAGGACUCGUACCUGAUCCUCGAGAAGCUGCCCGCCGAGUACGACUCGCGCGUCAAGGCGAUGGAGGUGGACGAGCGGCCGACGGAGCAGUACUCGGACAUUGGCGGCUGCGACAAGCAGAUCCAGGAGCUCAUCGAGGCCGUCGUGCUGCCGAUGACCCACAAGGACCGAUUCGUGAAUCUGGGCAUCCAUCCGCCAAAGGGUGUCCUCAUGUACGGACCUCCCGGUUAGUACUGAAAUGCUGAGAUUUCAACCCAAUUUCUUUCAAAUUAGAGCAGUUUUGCGUAGUUUCAACUGACAGAGCUCGAAUAUUGAAAAUUUCCUAAAAUUCAGGAACCGGAAAGACGAUGAUGGCUCGUGCGGUGGCCGCCCAGACCAAGUCGACGUUCCUGAAGCUGGCCGGUCCGCAACUCGUUCAAAUGUUUAUCGGAGACGGCGCAAAACUGGUGCGCGACGCAUUUGCACUGGCCAAAGAGAAGGCGCCGGCGAUCAUCUUCAUCGACGAGCUCGACGCGAUCGGCACGAAGCGUUUCGACUCGGAGAAGGCGGGAGAUCGCGAAGUGCAGAGGACGAUGCUCGAACUGCUCAACCAGUUGGACGGAUUCCAGCCGAACGACGAGAUCAAGGUGGGAAAUGGGGAUUUCCUCCCAAUAAAUGUCAUUUCCCUCGCAGGUAAUCGCCGCCACCAACAGAAUCGACGUGCUCGACCCGGCUCUGCUCCGUUCGGGCCGUCUCGACCGCAAAAUCGAACUGCCGCAUCCGAACGAGGACGCACGCGCCAGAAUCAUGCAGAUCCACUCGAGAAAGAUGAAUGUCAAGUGAGAUUUCCUCCCCAUAUUCUCACCGAAAACCGUAAAAUUUUCAGCAAAGACGUGAAUUUCGAGGAGCUAGCCCGUUGCACGGACGAUUUCAACGGGGCACAGUGCAAAGCGGUGUGCGUCGAGGCCGGAAUGAUUGCUUUGCGUCGUGACGCGACCGAAAUCCUCCACGAAGACUUUAUGGACGCGAUUCUGGAGGUGCAGGCGAAGAAGAAGGCGUCGCUCAACUACUACGCCUAA